GACGCCUACUCGGAAAUCGCCUACCUUUUCGCCGAGUUCUUCCGAGACCUUGACAUCGUCCCGUCUGACAUCAUCGCAGGCCUGGUUCUUCUGCGCCAGCGGCAGCGGGCAAAGCGCAGCGCUGUGCUGGAUGAGGCAAACAAUGACAUUUUAGCUUUUCUGUCUGGGAUGCCGGUGACCAGGAACACAAAGUAUCUGGAUCUGAAAAACGCGCAAGAGAUGCAGCGGUACAAGGAGGUGUGUUACUACAUGCUGUUUGCCCUGGCUGCCUACGGCUGGCCCAUAUACCUGAUGAGGAAGCCCACGUGUGGACUCUGUCGCCUGGCCAGAUCCUGCUCGUGUUGCUGUCUCUGUCCUUCCCGUCCCCGCUAUGCACCUAGUGUCACCAUCGAAGAGGAUAAUUGCUGUGGCUGCAAUGCCAUCGCCAUCCGGCGCCACUUCUUGGAUGAGAAUAUGACUUCGGUGGACAUUGUUUACACAUCUUGCCACGAUGCAGUUUAUGAAACGCCUUUCUAUGUGGCUGUGGACCAUGAGAAGAAGAAAGUGGUCAUUAGUAUCCGAGGAACCCUGUCUCCAAAAGAUGCCCUGACUGACCUGACUGGGGAUGCAGAGCGCCUUCCAGUUGAGGGUCACCAUGGAACGUGGCUGGGACACAAGGUGUGUAAAAGAAAA